AUGGUGGUUUACACGCAAAGUCUGUGUAUGCUCACAUCACUCUCUCUCUUGUACUGCGUAUUCUUUUCUACAAUUUUACUUUUGUCUGUCCAUGGAUGUCCUCACCAUGAAUCCAGAGCGCUUCUGAGUCUGAAGGCCGCCUUUUUCGACACGAAUGGAAUGCUGAAGUCGUGGGAGGGAGAUGACUGUUGUGUAUGGAGAGGUGUCCACUGCGAUGAAAUGGAAUUGGGCGGACAUGUUACUGAGCUGGAUAUUAGAAACUUUCAUCUUUCAUUUAUGGAUGUAAACAUUGAUUCAGGCUUGUCACAAUUGAAGCAUCUUCAAUAUUUGGAUUUGAGUGGCAAUUAUUUUGCGGAUACUCCUUUCCCUCCAGCUUUGGCCUCCUUAAAGAACUUGUCAUAUUUAAACAUUUCCGGUGCCUCUUUUGCAGGAGAUAUUCCACCUGAACUUGGAAAUUUGUCUAACUUGCAUUAUUUAGAUUUAAGUGAUAAUUCAUUUUCUGAUAACAGCAGCUUACAGUGGCUUUCUAAUCUGUCCACGCUUAAGUAUCUUUCAUUGAAGGGAGUAUAUUUAGAAAACUUCCCUGCAAGGUGGGGGAGUAUUAUUGGUAGACUCUUCCAACUUGCAUAUCUGGACCUCUCUGGUUGUUUAAUUGAUUCCCCCCUCCCAGUUUCUUUGCUAAAUAUUUCCUCGCUUGCUGUUCUUAAGUUUAGAGGUAAUUCUAUGUCAGGAUCUUUACCUAGUUGGAUGGGGAACAUGAGCAAAUUAACAUUAGUUGAUCUGAGCUCUAAUAUCUACUUAAAUGGCUCCAUACCCAACAGUUUAUCAAGGCUUAAUUUCCUCGAAUACCUUGACCUCUCUAAUAAUGGCAUUGUGGGUAUACCCGAGGCUAUCUCAAAUCUCACCAGUCUUAGAUAUUUGGAUUUGUCUGCUAAUAAGUUGACUGGUAGGAUACCUUCAAAUUUAGGGGACAUACAUACUAAUGUGGCAAGUCUUUCUUAUUUAGACCUUCACCAGAACCAAUUCGAAGGUACCAUCCCGUCUAGCUUGGGUUUACUCAUGAAUCUUACUUAUAUAGAUCUUAGUGGCAACAGGCUUAGUGGUCGAAUCCCUACUUCUCUAGGCAAUCUCCUGUCUCUUACCGUCUUAGAUUUACAUGAUAAUCAACUGGAAGGCAGUAUCCCAUUCAGUUUAGGAAAAAUUAGCACACUCAAAAGAUUAUUCCUUUCCGACAACAAGAUUAAUGGAGACCUUCCCUUCUCAUUUUCUCAAUUGUCCUCACUCGUCACUCUUGAUCUGAGAAACAACCAUUUGAAUGGAAGUAUUCCUUCCAUGCUUACGCUACCAUCUUCUCUACAGACUUUUCUGCUCUCCAACAACAACAUGACAGGAACAGUUUCAGAUCGUGUUCUCUUGCACACUAGUUCAAGGCUUGAAGAGUUGGACUUGUCAUACAGUGGGUUGAAUAUCCACAUUGACUCGGCGCCUUGGAUCCCGCCUUUUCAGCUCCGGACCUUGGAUUUCAGGAGGUGUAAAAUUGGAGGUCCAAUUCCUAGCUGGAUUUCAACACAAUUUAAACUUGAAAAUGUGGAUAUAUCAGACGCCAAUCUUGUGGGAAAUCUUCCACCUUGGCUGUGGGAAUUUUCAUUGGAAUUGAUUAGUUUGAACUUGUCAAACAAUCAGCUAGAGGGUCCUGUCCCUGCUAUUUCAAUCCCGCUUCCACUGCAGGUGUUGGAUCUGUCUGUAAAUGAAUUGAAUGGCCCUUUUUUGCUAGAUAUUCGUAUGCCUGAACUACUAAGCUUGGAGGUGCUUUUACUUGCAAACAACGAAAUCGAAGGACCUGUGCCAGUUUCACUAGGGGCUAUGACAGGUCUAAGCGUUCUGGAUAUGUCAAAUAAUCAGCUAAGAAGCACUAUCCCUGUUAUGGGUGAUAGGACGUCCCUUAGGGUGUUGAAUUUGGAGAACAACCAUUUAAGAGGAGAGAUCCCUAUCAGCCUGGCCAAUCUCUCAGAACUUGUAAUGCUGAACCUGGCAAAUAAUGAAUUGGAGGGUGAGAUCCCUAAGGAGCUUGGAAACUUAACAAAGCUUUUGUCUCUCCACCUCGAAAAAAACAAUCUGCGGGGACUUCUUCCUCUGGCAUUAAAAGGACUUUCUCGGCUGCAGGUGCUUGAUGUAGGAGAAAACAAUUUCACAGGAAACAUUCCAACUUGGAUUGCUAACUAUUCAAGUCUACAAGUUCUUAUGAUGAGAUCAAACAAUUUCAUAGGCAAACUACCUCCACAGAUUGGCAAAAUGUCCGAGGUUCGGCUCCUGGACCUUUCUUCUAAUCUUUUAUUAGGUCAAAUCCCAGAUACCUACUUCAAUUUUUCGGCCAUGGUCGAUGUAAAGGGAAAUAUGUCUGUGCUUGGAGAAGACCGUCAUUGGAUUCGCCACUUCAGUGGGAGGAAAAUUCAUUAUUUGACAAACGUGUUCGUGCUCGGAAAAUAUAGAGGAGGAAAGUACUAUUUAGAUAGCAUAGAUAUAGUUACCAAGGGAGCAGAAAGGCAUUAUGGUUAUGUCUUCUCUACUAUGACAUGCAUUGAUUUGUCAGACAAUAGAUUAUGGGGUCAUCUUCCAACGGAAAUUGGAAAUCUCAAAGGCUUGAUGUUUCUAAAUCUUUCUAGGAACAGUUUCAAUGGGGUCAUUCCAGGUAGCAUGGGCAACCUGAGUCAGUUGGAAUCGUUGGACCUUUCAGUCAAUAAAUUUUCAGGAAAAAUUCCUUUCGAGCUUGGAUUUCUGGAUUAUUUGGGUUAUUUAAAUCUGUCUUUUAACAAUCUGUCAGGGGUGAUACCACAGCAAGGUCGUCAUAUGAUAACAUUUGAUAAAUCAGCAUUUUCAGGAAAUCCAAAUCUGCAGGGAUGCCCUGUUGAAAGCUGGAAGUGUUCUCCCCGCCAUUCACAACUAUCUCCUCCUACCAUUGAUGUCAUGGAAGAGACAAAACAAGGGUUUUCAUGGUAUGAGCUGAGUAUUGGAUGGUCAGUUGCAGCAGGAUUUUCGGUCGUGGUUUUGGUACUCACUUUCAAUGUAAAUUGGAGAAAGACAACCUUUGGUCAGAUGGACAGAGUUAUAACAUUUCUGCUGGGGGAACGUACUAAUCGGAGAUGA